AUGUCAAAUUUCAAAUCUGAUCUGGACUGGUUACAAGAAAAGCAGAAAGAAAGAGCCAAGGAAGUACCUAGCGAAAAGAUCGAAGUCCUCAAACUUACGUUGAGGCGGCUCCCCAAGUUGGAGUCUAUUCGCUUAGAUGGUGCGUCUGUUGUGGGGCGUACCUUGAAACGAUCAACCCAGGGCGCGGACUGGUAUCAGCUAUGGAUGCGCGCCUCGCACAUUUUCUCAUUGGUUGUGACAGCUAUGGCGCAGAGUGGGACGUCGGUGAAAAGGCUCGAUGUAUAUCGCGAGAUUCCUAGAUGCUGCAUUCCAUCUGGUCACAUCACCAGUUACGCCUCAUCUCUCGGCACAAAGCAGCUGGAAAUGAUGUGUGAGCGCUUGGAGUCGCUCAAUUUGAGUAUGUCCACGGAAAUACGGAGUUCUCUUAACACUGAAGAGCCAGAUCAAAAUACGGUACACGAACACGAAGGUGACAAUGACGAUGAAAAAACACUCUACUCCGAAGAUGAAAGCGAGCUGAGCAAGCCCGAAGAUGGAUAUUUAUCACCUGGUGAUCCUCGUGCAAUACUGUCUCGUGAGACACCUGGAAUCACGCGGUUUUUGAUGACUGCGCCUGCCCUUCGGGAGCUAGACUUGUCUUUCCGCAAUGCCCUUGGAUACGAGAUGUCGGAUAGUUACGACCGGAUCAUUGGAAGUAUCGCCCAUGAAACUAAUUUUCCGAUGUUGGAGUGA